CACUGCGGCCACCGCGAAGGAACCUAUCACUGCUACCCACUACGACCUGCCUUAACCUCAUAACUUUCCACUUGCUUAGUGGCUAUCACCAUCAAGACUCCACGAGGCUCACACUUCCGCUACCUUAUUCACUUAGAAACUCAGACGAGGCACAGGGACGGCCAAAGCCGAAAACCAAACAAUUUAUCGAAUUAAAUCUCAUCUGUAUUAUUCAAUACACGUCCACCGCCCACCGUUGACCGAAUACGGACGGAACCCCUCCUUUGGAACGGGGACGCCCAGGUGGGAUCCGGGAUCCAAGAGGUCAUGAGAGAGUGAGACGUUUUGACUUCAAUCCAAACCGUGAAGCAGCUAUUAGUAUGACCGCAACUCGUACUGAGCCAGGGCCUUCGGCCCAACCGAAUCUGCGAGUCACGAUCAUCGCUGCCGACGGCCUGUACAAGCGAGAUGUAUUCCGUCUACCCGAUCCUUUUGCCGUGGCUACCAUCAACGGCGAGCAGACCAAGACCACGACCGUCUCCAAGCGUACCCUCAAUCCUUAUUGGAACGAGAGUUUCGACUUCCGAGCAACCGAGGAUAGUAUUUUAGCAGUGCAGGUCUUUGACCAGAAAAAGUUCAAGAAGAAGGACCAAGGUUUCUUAGGGGUUAUUAAUAUCAGGAUCGGAGAUGUCAUCGAGCUAGCAGACGGUGCUGAUGACCAGAUGCUUACACGGGACUUGAAAAAGUCUACGGAUAACCUCGUCGUUCACGGAAAAUUGAUAAUCAACCUGUCUACAAAUCUAACCACCCCUGCCCGCCCUACCCAGCAACCUUCAUCAGCAAGCUCUAGUCGACCUUCCUUAGCCCCUCAGGCCUCUACUGUUACUGCCAAUAGUGCGUCUGAACGACCGACUUCUUCAGCAUCAGGUCCAAACGGACUUGCGCCAGGUGCACAAAUGGCCUUGCCGUUGAGGCCUAAUGGCGCAAAUCCGCCCGCGGUUAACGGCAACGGUGCACAGGCUCGACCUGGAGCCCAGAUGAGCCCCUUUGAAGAUGCUCAAGGCCGCCUACCCGCUGGCUGGGAGCGGCGUGAGGAUAAUCUGGGGAGAACUUACUACGUAGAUCAUAAUACGCGAACCACGAGCUGGAACCGUCCAACCCAAUCCGGUACUUCCGCAGAGAAUCGCGGCGAAAGAGAGGCGGCUACUCAGGUUGAACGUCAGAGGCAUCAGAACAGAACCCUACCGGAAGAUCGUACCGGUGCCAACUCCCCAACUCUUCAGCAGCAGCAACAACAACAGCAGCAGCAGCCUGCUUCCAGUAGCGGUUCUACGCAUAGCCCCGGUCAAAGCACUUUGAUGCAUACCGGUGCUACUAGCCCUGGUACUGGCGAGCUUCCGCCUGGCUGGGAACAACGUUGGACGCCCGAAGGCCGGCCUUACUUUGUUGACCAUAAUACUAGGACUACCACAUGGGUGGAUCCCCGCCGCCAGCAAUAUAUUAGGAUGUAUGGUGGCCAGAAUAAUUCUAACGGAACGAUACAGCAACAGCCCGUCUCACAACUCGGACCACUGCCAAGCGGGUGGGAAAUGCGAUUAACUAACACGGCCCGCGUUUACUUUGUGGAUCAUAAUACUAAGACUACCACUUGGGACGACCCCCGGCUACCAUCCUCCUUAGACCAGAAUGUACCACAGUAUAAGCGAGACUUCCGAAGAAAGUUGAUUUACUUCCGUUCGCAGCCCGCUAUGCGGAUACUUUCAGGGCAAUGUCACAUGAAAGUACGACGAUCUCACAUUUUCGAGGAUUCAUUCGCGGAAAUCUCACGACAGUCGGCAACUGAUCUCAAGAAGCGCUUGAUGAUUAAGUUUGACGGCGAGGAUGGGCUAGAUUACGGUGGUCUUUCCAGAGAAUUCUUUUUCUUAUUAUCGCAUGAAAUGUUUAACCCCUUCUACUGCCUUUUCGAGUAUUCCGCCCACGAUAAUUACACCCUCCAGAUUAACCCUCACUCCGGUAUCAACCCCGAACAUUUGAACUACUUUAAGUUCAUUGGUCGCGUGGUUGGUCUGGCCAUUUUCCACCGACGAUUCCUCGACGCAUUUUUUAUUGGUGCCCUUUACAAGAUGAUGUUAGGCAAGUCGGUGGUUCUUGCCGACAUGGAGGGUGUGGACGCGGAUUUCCACCGGAGUUUGCAGUGGAUGCUUGACAACGACAUUUCUGGCGGUAUACUCGAGCAAACAUUCUCUACCGAGGACGAGCGCUUUGGCGUUGUGACAGUGGAGGAUCUCAUCCCUAACGGCCGGAAUAUCGACGUUACUAAUGAUAACAAGAAAGAAUACGUGGAUCUUAUGGUCAAAUGGCGCAUUGAGAAGCGUAUUUCAGAGCAAUUCCAAGCCUUCAAGGAAGGGUUCCACGAGCUUAUUCCCCAAGACCUAAUCAACGUCUUUGAUGAGCGCGAGUUAGAGUUACUAAUCGGCGGUAUUGCCGAUAUCGAUGUGGACGACUGGAAGAAGCACACCGAUUACCGCGGUUACACGGAGAGCGACGAAGUCAUCCAGUUUUUCUGGCAAACAGUACGGAGCUGGGAUGGAGAGCAAAAGAGCAGACUGCUACAGUUCACGACGGGUACUUCUCGAAUCCCCGUCAACGGUUUCAAGGAUCUCCAAGGUAGCGAUGGUCCGAGGAGGUUCACUAUCGAGAAAGCAGGCGAAGUUGGUAACUUGCCGAAGGCACAUACUUGCUUUAACCGCCUAGACCUGCCCCCAUAUAAGUCGUUGGAAGCGUUACAGAACAAGUUAACUACGGCGGUGGAGGAGACCAUGGGCUUCGGACAGGAGUAAAAGGCUGUUGUAAUGUUUCUUACUGCUGCUACUGCUGUAUAUAGAACGAUUAAUGGUGUUUCCUCACUACGACAGAGUCUGAAUUACGGACGGAUUUUUGCAUCUCAUUUAUGUGUCUUGGUUCAAAUCCCCUUCGUCUUGCCAUUCUAACCCAGCUGUGGUUGUCAAGGGAGAGAGAGAGAGAUGAAGUUUAAUAGCACGUAUUGUCUUUUUACUUGCUCGCCGAGGGUGUGUGUACACGUUCCCGCUGUCCGGGGGAUGAAAUUAAAUAGGGAACUCGGAGCAGGUUUAACAUUCGUUUUUUUGAACUUCACAUAUCACAUUACAUUACAUCACAUCACAUCGUACGGGUGUGGAUGAGGAUAUGUUAUCGCAAAAUGCAGUAAUAAUCGAAUCGAAUCGUGUCGUAAGGGUAAUGGACUAGUUGGGCAGAUGUAAUGAGAUAUCUGCUGGUUUCAUUAUUUUCGUUUUAGAGGUAUCUAAUUGUCGCGAGUACUGUGUAAGGAGGGCAUGCACACGUAGAUAACC